GUGUAAUAACCAUGCCUUAAAUAAAUAAUAAAUAUGAUCUAAAUUGGCUAUAUAUGCACAUUGCCUCUAUCUGGGGAUACCCGAACGCUCACACCCGACCCAAUUCAUAAAGGGGUUUAGGGUUUAAGCAAAUCCAAUUUUGGACAUAUUAAACCCAACAAUUAAUAAUUCAAUCUUUCUAUAAAAUUCAACUUGAUUACUUUAAUGAUGUUUCUCCGACAAGCUUCUUCUAACUUGCUCAAAAUAUUCCGGUUUUGCCCUCAAUCACUUCAAAGAAGUUCCCCAAUUUUGCUAUCCAAUGCUGCUUUCGUUCGUCAGCCACGCAUCUACAUUUUUGACAGGAAAAUGUAGAUUUCCAGUGAGCUUGGUUCUGUUUGGACCAGCUGAUAUUCACUACUCUUAUGGGGUGCUGUAUCUUCACGGGAAAUACAAGGAUUCAGAGGCUCUGAUUCGCGAUUCCAUUCGGAUUUCUAUAAUAGCAUGAUCUUUGUUUCUGUUGUUACAAAUUUGUUUACCAUUGUAGGAUGGAGGUCAAGGUGAAUCAAUGAUAUGCACCAAGAGGAUGCCACAUCUAGCUGAGGUUGCUCUUCUAUUCUUUUUUGGAUUUGCAGCAAGAUUAUGCAAAUAUUGCUUGUGCAUACAGUGAAAACCAUUGAGGUUACUCUCGCUGGUUACAGUUGAUCUAGCUUACAGUAGUCCCAUACGAAGCGACCGAGCACUAUUUUUUUGUCAAUUCCGUGUGACUGAGACUUAAAACUUAUUUUUGUGGUGGACAAGUAAAGGAUGCUACAGAAGAUUGAUUAAAUGUUGCAUCUGAAUAUGUCCUCCUAAGAGCUACGCUUGUUAUUAUUCUAAAAAGGACUUAUUCAAUCGUGGAAAGAGCAAAUUGACCUGGUGCAUAAGCUAGAUAUUUUUCCUUCUUUUUUUAACAAUGUAAGUAACUCUAUCAAAACUUGGCCAAGGUACAUUCCAACUUCUUGCAUAAAUAGCUGAUUUGUUAGCCUGUUAUAGUUUCAAUACUUGGGUAGUAGCUCUGGUCUUGACUAGCUCCACAAUAUGAACAUCUGUUGAUCAUAUAAGGAAUGUCAUCUGAACCAUGAAUAUUCUUCAUGUAUUUUGUUAGUAAUUCAACAACUUGCAUCUUGGCAGAUCGAAAGAGAGAAUGUCACGUAUACACUUAGCAUGUUUCUUGAAAUUAAAGUUGUCAUUCUCUACAUUAGGGGGGAAAGGCAUUGCAAAUGACUUGGUUUGCUAUAAUUGGGUUUCCUGUUUUAUUUUCCUUUUCUUUUAAGGAGGCUGUCUAUUAUCUCUUUUUUUCAUCCUUUGCUCAUCUUAUAGCACAUCUUAGUAUUCUGAAAGUAUUGAGCUGCUGCUCAAUUCAAGAUGAGUAAUUGUAACAGACCUGUCUGCUUUUGUCUGUAACAAAAUGCUGAAUUACUUGGUAAAGUUGGCUUUCUAUCUACUUUCCUUAUAUAUAUAUAUAUUAAAUCUGACUGCAUCGAAAAGGCUGAGAAUGAUCCUGCAUAUUAUGGAAUUAGCAAAGGUAUACUAACCUCUCUUUCUUCCCCGAAUGUUCCAUUGUUCCAAUCUGCUUAAGAAAUGCUCAUCUGAAGUUAUACUCCAGUUCCGCAGUUCGUAUUGCCCAUUUUUGGAGUGCUGACAUCUUCAUUGUGUAAUUGGUAGUUUAAAAUGCAUAUUACUGAUUCUACUUUGUUUUCAUAGGUGCUAAAAUUUUAACAACACAACAACAACAUACCAAGUGUAUUCUCACAAAAUGGGGUCUGAGGAGGGUAAAGGUACACAGUCCAUACCACUACCUCAAAUGAAGUAGAGAGGCUACUCAAGACAAAUAACAGUAUAACAAACAAAAAACAUAAAAUCAAGCAACAAAGUGGGAUGACACACCACUAGAUAAUAAAAGAAACAAGCCACCCAUAAAGUAAUACUAUAAACUAUCUAUCCGAAAUCACAAACAUCACCAAAACACCACGAACAAAAAACUUUAAGACACAUGCAUAACACUAUAACUAUAGGUAAAACUGCAAACAAGGCACUCCUAUCUAUUAGUAAGGAUGCACACCUACCCACUAAUCCUUCUGUUUCAGUGGGGAAACAAGACCUAUCUCUACAUCUCUAUCUAAACUGUUCAAGCAGCAAAAAAGCAUAGAGAGAAAAGACAAACCCUCCAAAGUUUUCUGUUUGUUGCUUUCCUCAACGUCUGACUAAAGUUAUGCUUUAGUAUGAUUGUGUAGUAGUCUAAACACUCAACUUAACUUUGUUACUAAACUAACAGGCAAAGCGAGGACAUUUCUAUUGAGUUUCCAAAAUUCAAUUCAAAUUAUGAUAAUUGGAGCGCAGGGUGUGUGUGUGUGUGGAGGUGGGGAUUCUUUGUUAUGUGAAUGACGGUAGUAUUGUGCUUAGUCUUGUUGCAAUAUCAUUUGUUAGUGUCUCCAGGCACUAAUUUUCAGUUUUCAGCAAAAUGUCAAAGCUGCUUAAGCUAAUAAAUUCCUUUUGCUCGGUAAAAUAUCAUGAUCAGAAUGCAAACAUAUCCUAAUGCUUUCGGAUUUAUUCACUCGUGAUCUUAGAGAAAAGGCCGAGAAAGAUAUUCAGAUCUAAUUACUCAUAUGGGUAAACUGUGACUUCAAAUUUUACUCAUGCCAAACCUUCCCCCAAGUUUUCAUGCCUGAAGAUUCAUAUGCUGAUCAGACAGAACUGAAAUGAUAGGAUUCCAUUGUUCUGGUUAUGUUUGCGUUUCUUUCCGUUUAAAGCCUCUAGUGACCAAAAUCAUGGAACUCUGAUGAAUAAUUUUCCCUUUUAUUCUUCUGAAAUGAUUCUGUAUUCUGAGAACCUUGUUGCUCUGUAUCCAUACUCUCUUUUCUCAUAUGUAACUCUUAUCUUUCAGUGUUGGAAGUCUUUAGAGACUGUAAUUGCAGCUGAAUGUCAGGCCUUGACCCUUCAGUCCCUAGGAAACUUGAAAGAAGCCCAAGAGCUUUUAGAGAGGUGUCUUGAUUCCCGAAGAGCUUUACUCCCUGAGGACCACAUUCAGAUUGCUGCAAAUUUGCUACAUCUUGCUAGAGUUAAAAUAGUUAAAAUACUCGCCCCCAAUAAGCUCAAGAAGAGUAAUGCUAAUCAAGUAAGGGCUGAGCUUGAUAUGACAAAAGAUCUUUUAAGCAAGUCAAUAAGUGUGGCUCGGGAAAACCUGGUGCCUUCUGUGAAAGAGAAAAGACAUAAACAGUCUUAUGGAGAAUCUAUGACAACAGCAAGGAGCAGGCAAUCAGCACUGAUUAUCCUGUUGCAAUCGCUUGAUGCUCUUUCAUCGCUGGAGAUGAAAAAGCUGGAGCUGGAAGAUUCAAAGGACCCUUAAAGCUCUGAGGCUGAGAACGCUCUUCGUGGAUGCAUUUCUGCAUACAAGGAGUUUGUAACUGAGAAGUCACUGUCUGAUGCUCCUGGAGUAAAAGCUGAAUACAUCUUGUGCUUGAAGCAUCUAGUUGAUCUAUUAACCGUUAACAAGACCUCGAGCAAAGAUCGAUCUAGCAAUGCUGCUUUACAAGAGUUGAAAGAUGAAAUCAAGCGCGUACAAGUUGACCUGUCGAAGAAAGGAGGGCGUAGAAGCUGAACUCUCAAUGAAAGGAGCGCAAUGAAUUGCCAACGGGAUGGAUAAUUGUCCAUAGCAUAUGCAUUUCUUGCAACAUGAAUAGAUAGGUGUUAGAGUUCCACAUGCAGAACUCUGCAAAAAGUGAAAUUUACAUGUCGUUGACUUACAAGUCGUCGGGCCAACAGCGUUUUGUCCCUUUUUUUUUUUUUUUCAAAAUUAAGAGUUCCUUUUGGAAUUUUUGAUUUAAAAAAGUGCCCUUUUCGUUCUGGACUCCAUUAUUUUAUUAUAUUGAUCCUUUUUACUUGUAAUUACCUAUUAAGUAAUCUCAUUGUGUGCACAUCUUUUUUGCAUGCAGUAAGUGCACAAUAUGUAUUUGCACUCUAAUUACAUAAUAGUUGUACUUAAAGUACUUUCAAGAAA